CAUAACAAGGAGAGGAGACAACGCUCGGUGCGGGGCCCAGUCAUAUGACCACUUGGGGGCUGUGAGGCAGGACGAGGACGCCGGUGUUUAGUGCUACGCCAGUCACUCAGUUGCGCAGGAGGCAAGAAAGGCAUCAUGAAGGGACUACUGCUGCUGGCUCUGGCGACUCUGGCCACGGCGGAGCUGGGGAGAAUACCAUUAUACAAGGUCAAGUCAGCUCGCCGCACACUUCAGGAGGUCAACACAUCCGUAGAGCUGGUGCGGCGGCGAUGGGGGCAGGGCGGACCCAUGCCAGAGCCCCUGUCCAACUACAUGGACGCUCAGUACUACGGCCCCAUCUCCAUCGGUACGCCACCCCAAACCUUCCGAGUGGUCUUUGACACUGGCUCCUCCAACCUGUGGGUGCCAUCCAAGCAUUGCCACUUCACCAACAUUGCCUGCUUGCUUCACAACAAGUAUGACUCCGGGAAGUCCUCAUCCUUUAAGAAGAAUGGUACAGAGUUUGCCAUCAAGUACGGGUCUGGUUCUCUCUCGGGCUACCUUUCUACAGACACUGUGACUGUUGGGUCUGUGGCUGUGAAGGACCAGACAUUUGCAGAGGCCCUGAGUGAGCCGGGUCUGGCUUUUGUUGCUGCCAAGUUUGAUGGCAUCCUGGGCAUGGCCUAUGACAGGAUCGCCGUGGAUGGCGUCACUCCCGUCUUCUACAACAUGGUGGCACAGAACUUGGUGGCAGCCCCUAUCUUCAGCUUCUACCUCAACAGAGACCCGUCUGCUGCCGAGGGUGGUGAGCUGAUUCUUGGAGGCUCCGACCCUCAAUACUACACAGGAGACUUCACCUACCUGCCUGUCGACCGCCGUGGCUACUGGCAGUUCAAGAUGGAUGGCAUGCAGAUGAAUGGCACCCCAGUUCCCAUCUGCAAGGGUGGAUGUGAGGCCAUUGCCGACACUGGCACCUCCCUCAUUGCUGCUCCUGCAGAGGAGGCUCGGCUCCUCAACAAGAAGAUUGGUGCCAAGCCCAUCGUUGGAGGAGAGUGGCAAGUGGACUGCUCCCUCAUCCCCCACCUGCCCAACAUUACCUUUGUGUUUGGUGGGAAGGGCUUUACACUGGAAGGGAAGGAUUACAUUCUCAGGGUGAGUCAGUUUGGUCAGGUGAGCUGCCUGUCUGGGUUUCUGGGCCUGGACAUCCCCGCUCCCAUGGGUCCACUGUGGAUCCUUGGUGACGUCUUCAUUGGCCGUUUCUACACAGAGUUUGACCUUGGGAAUAACCGUGUUGGUUUUGCUGAAGCCAAGUAGGUCAAUAAUGAUGUCACCAGUUUUGUGGUGCAGUUGGUCAUGACUAGGACAGUGGCAGGUCUGUUGUUCUCUUAUAAUUAUUUACACCAUUAGGACUCAUACCAAAGUUUUGUGUCUGCUUGGAGCUCUUGAUGCUGAAGAGUGUGUUAAACUGUGACUUAAGUAUCUUCUAUUCAAUAGUGUGUGCAAUAAAGUGGGAUGUAAAUUUUUUUCUUUUAAAGUUCAGGUAAUGUUUGUGUUCAUUUUAGUGUCGGUGUUUUGUUUCCACAACACGUAUGUUGGCUGAGAAGAGAUGCAGAAGUAUACACAGAAAAGCACUUUUUUCCUGCCUUUCCCUUACCUUUAGGGUCAUGCUAUCAGGAUGUAGUCAACAACAUGCAUGCAUUUCCAGUAACCUGUCCUUAGCCCCUUCACUCUGACGACGUCGGCGUCCGACAGCGUCACCAUAUGGAAAGGGUUAGUCCUCUUCUAAACCUCUUAAUCCUCUUCUAAACCUCUUAAGAGGAAAUGGAAGAGGAUCAAGAGGAAUUUAGAGGAGGAUUGAGAGGUUUAGAAGAGGAUUGAUCCUCUUCCAUUUCCUCUUGACUCUAUCCAUACUGUGACACCGACAUCUGCAUCACGGAUGGAAAGGGUUAAAGCUGUGGAUAUCUGGCUUUCCUUUGUAUGCUUUAUAGGGUUUAGUUUUCACUUUUCAUCAUAUUCUUGGGGUAAUAAAACAGCUCUCUGAUUAACAUUGACUUAAUUUGGUUUUCACAGUGUUGUGAUGUGUAAGCAAUAUGGUUGUGUCAUUAACAAUUUGGAAAAAUGCAGUUAAGUGACUUUUUUGGGGGGUAAUGAAUUCUUUGGUGUAUAUUCUAUGUAUUACACUUGGAUAGGGUAUUAAACUGUGAGAGUUAACGCUGAAGUGUUCAGCUUUGUGUGGCUGGUGUAUGUUUUUCGCCUGUACUGUGGGAUCAACAAAGGAACAUUACAUAAGUAUAGCUGAUGAUAUAACUUCAUCAGUGGGCAUGAGUGCUUGUUCUUAAUAUACACCAUGUGAUACCUUAAUUUUUGUUGCAUUUGUAGAUAGAAUAUGACUACAACAGGAUAUAUAUACACAUGAUGCAGCUGUUUCUCGGCAAUCACAUACUUAGCAAUUGUCAUCAUUAAGGGCAGUGUUGUAAAAGGCAGAGAGUGCAUGGAAUUCACUGAUACAUAGGGUGUUUUAAUGGUACUCUUGGCACUUAAACACUUUCAUGAAUUGCUUAUGAGAUUUACCAACCAAGUCAGUUGAUUGAUGAUGCUACUGUCACAUUGUUGGUUCUUGCUUUAGAGUGGAUGUUGAACUUGCAUUAUGAAUGGUUUUGAGUAAGAUAAGUUCACCCAAUUUUCUUGUAUGUUGUCCAUCCCUAAUACAGUAUUGUAAACCUUU